UUCCCUGAAUGCUUCUACUAUAGAAGCCUUGGUGUGUGUAACGAAAUGUCUUGUUUUCCAAGGUUCGGUACUUUCACUUGUCUGCUCUUUUCCGUAUUGCGAUAAUGAGGAGAGAUUGUGGGCUAUCUUUUACUACUUUGAUCUGCAGGAGGCACGUGCUCUUUAGGAGUACUACCUUUGUGAGAAGCAGAAGUAUGAAAUCAUCCUCAAGGCAGGCAUUCUUCCUCUUGAGGUUUUAGUGUCUGCGACAGUCCCUGUGGCUAUUUUGGGAAGAUGAAUUUAGGUCACUGUGUGCUGUAGAAGGACACUGCUUUCUGAUUACUUUGUUGAGUAGUUUAACAGGCGCAGAGAACUUUUCACAGUUGAUUGAACCAAGUGUUGCAUAUGCAUGGAGUAUAUCUGUGUGUUGUCUUAAGUGCAAUGUCUUACUGAAAUCCUCUUUUGUUCAAAUGUCAGAGAACCAGUGUGCAGCAGUUGACUCAUGAGUUCCUACUCUUUCUGAAAAAGAUGAUGAAACUUUAUGAUGUUUCCUUAGGUUAAAGGCAGCGGAGGCUGAAAACUCCGUGCUUGUUCUGCUCUGAGCCUCCCCACCGUCUUCAACAUGGCCGGUGGCAUUACUGAUACUGGAGAGCUUUACUCUCCUUAUGUUGGUCUGGUUUAUAUGUUCAACCUCAUCGUUGGGACAGGAGCCCUAACCAUGCCGAAGGCCUUUGCAACAGCAGGGUGGCUCGUCAGCCUUGUUCUCCUAAUGUUUCUGGGCUUUAUGAGCUAUAUGACUACCACCUUUGUGGUAGAAGCCAUGGCUGCCGCAAACGCCCAGUUGCGAUGGAAGAGAAUGGAAAAACGCAAGGAAGAUGAUGAGGAUGAGGAUUCUUCCUCUGGAGUAUCCGACAGUGAUGUUCUCCUCCAAGAUGGCUAUGAGCGAGCAGAGACACGACCUAUCCUUUCAGUUCAGAGACGUGGCUCACCCAAUAUCUUUGAAAUCACUGAGAGGGUGGAAAUGGGUCAGAUGGCUUCCAUGUUCUUCAAUAAAGUGGGUGUCAACCUCUUCUAUUUCUGCAUAAUUAUCUACCUCUAUGGGGACCUGGCAAUCUACGCAGCAGCUGUACCGGUCUCUCUCAUGCAAGUGACCUGUAGUGCCACUGACAACCAUUCUUGCAGUGUUGGCGAUGGCACAAAGUAUAAUGAUACAGAUAAGUGUUGGGGGCCAAUUCGACGGAUCGAUGCUUACAGACUGUACCUGGCAGCAUUCACUCUUCUCCUGGGUCCUUUCACCUUCUUCAAUGUGCAGAAGACAAAGUAUCUACAAAUCAUGACAUCCCUGAUGAGAUGGAUAGCUUUCAUCCUCAUGAUUAUUCUGGCCCUUAUCCGCAUCAGCAGAGGCCAAGCAGAGGGUCACCCGUCUGUGGCCCAGCUGUCGGGCAUCCGCAAUCUCUUUGGGGUGUGUGUCUACUCCUUCAUGUGCCAGCACUCCCUGCCGUCCCUCAUCACACCCAUCUCCAAGAAGAGGCAUGUCAACAAGCUCGUGCUGCUCGAUUAUGUCCUGAUACUGGCCUUCUACAGCCUCCUGUCCUUCACUGCCAUUUACUGUUUCCGCAAUGACACCCUCAUGGACAUGUACACGCUCAACUUCACCAACUGUGAAAUCAUCAACAUCGCCUUCAUUCGCUACUUCCUGGGCCUCUUCCCGGUCUUCACCAUCAGCACCAAUUUCCCCAUCAUUGCUGUGACCCUGCGCAACAACUGGAAGACCCUUUUCCACAGAGAAGGGGGAACCUACCCAUGGGUGGUGGAUAGGAUUGUCUUUCCUGCCAUCACACUGAUUCCCCCAGUGCUGGUGGCUUUCUGCACCCACGAUUUGGAGUCCUUGGUGGGGAUCACAGGAGCCUAUGCUGGGAAUGGGAUCCAGUACCUCAUUCCAGCUUUCCUCGCAUACUGUAGUCGGAAGGACACUCAGCUGGUCUUCGGCAGCGGUACGGUUAACAAGCACCUGUCCCCUUUCCGGCACACCUUCUGGAUUGUGUUUGUGCUCAUAUGGGGCUUUUCUUGCUUCAUGUUUGUGACUGCAAACAUUGUUCUGAGUGAGUCCAAACUCUGAAAUGGGCAUAGCAGUGUGCUCCCUCUGGAGCUCCGGAGGAGACUCCAGCAUUUCAGCUUCUCUGGGACUGUGGAGGGAAAAGUAGAGCCAGCGUGAAGGGAAGUUUCCAGGCCACUGGUUUGGUGACACAGGUCAGACCUGGCCAUAGACUUGCUUUGCUCCACUUCCACUUUGGAUGUGGAUGUAAAAAGGCUGAGCCUGCUCCAAUCCUGGUUCACAGACUCGCUGUACAAAGCCGUGGGGCUGAGCUCUUGGCAGCCUGUACGAUUAACCAGUGCCCAGCCAUUUCUGCCUUGAGCUCUGUUCAAGCAUCACUUUCUCUGCCCCUACAGUGGCCCUUCUCUGAUGCUGCAGGUUUCGGCACGCAGGAGAGCCAACAGCCUUGUCUGCUCGCUACACUAGUUGGCUACGUGCCCCUUCCUGCAGAGGCAGGUACCUACUGUGCACAGAAUCCAGCAGGAGUUUGGGGAAAUGAACCUCUCUCCAACAGCAGCCCCCACAGAAAUAAACCUCCUGUGCCAGUCGAUGGGGGAGAAAAUAAAUUAGGGUGGGAAUAGCCCUAGCUUUUUUUUUUUUUUUUUUAAAUCUGUUACACUUUCUUUUUCCAGAAGCAUUAACCUGUUCUGUGCUCUGGGUAAGGAGCACCGUGGAUUGCCUGGCAUCUGGGAUCUCUUGCUUAGCAGAACUGGAUUUUUUUUUUUUUUUCCUCCAGCCCUGGAGUUUACGUUUGCACUUCUCAUCCUAUUCUCCUUUGCUUUGGCAGCCUUAGUUCUACCGAGCAAUGUUCAUAUGCAUGCACGGAUGUAGCUCUUCACCCUUGGAAAGGAAGACACAGCCUUGCUUCCCUUGGCUCCUGCGUGCAGCUAAGAGACUUCAGCUGGCAGAGCCAUUCUCCAUUUCACACAGGGCUGGUGCAACAGGCCAGGCCCCGGCUGCAGUGGUCAGGAUUUAUGUGGGGCUGGGGAGGUGCUAAUUACCUAGGCCUGAUGCAUGUUAGAUCUGCAAGAGCCCUGGCUGUGCACACUGACACAUUUCCAGCCUCCUGUGCUGGGUAAUUAGCCUUGAAACAAGGUGGGUGUUAACUCAAGGGAAUGGGCUCGUGCCAGCAGGAAAAGGCUAUGCUGUGGUUCAGCUGUCUCUCUGCAGGAGCAGAGCUUGUGUGAUGGGGGAGAGAAAACGAACCCUGCUGAAACUGCUCCUGAACUCACCCAUCCUCUCUUUCUGCGCAGGGUUAAGGUGAGCUUUUUGCCGGUUUUAUUCAGCUUAUCUGAGAGUUUGCUGGGCUCCCAGAUAAUUCUCUGCCUGUUAUCUUGGGCAGCUAAUGCCUUAGAUUAUAAUCUCUGCUUCUGAGGCUUCUCUUGGUCGCUAUAA